GUGAAUUUGCUUUUGCAUAAUAUUACACUUCCCAGUGAUCCGAAUGAGAAGACUCUUAUGGUGCGUGAUGUAUUAAAAAAGAUGAACAGACGACUGUUAUCUCCACUUCAUUUUUACCGAAAUGCUCAAGAACAUUUAUACCCGAACAAGGUAGAUGAAAGAGACACCAAUACUGUGAGCAAUAGCCAUUGGGUGCAUGAUUACGUUUCAAAAAACAUUGAUUUAUUUACCCCAGCAGUACGUGGUUUUAACUCUCUCAAUAAAUUUCAAUUUGGGGGUUUCCUAAAAGUUUUUUUCGAAGAAUUCUGUCCAUGGUUGGACGAGGCCCCUUGUACAAAGUCAAAGGCCCCUGAUACGAAGGCAAAGGCUGAGGCCUCUGAUACGAAGGCAAAGGCUGAGGCCCCUGAUACGAAGGCAAAGGCUGAGGCCCCUGAUACGAAGGCAAAGGCUGAGGCCCCUGAUACGAAGGCAAAGGCUGAGGCCCCUGAUACGAAGGCAAAGGCUGAGGCCCCUGAUUCGAAGGCAAAGGCUGAGGCCUCUGAUACGAAGGCAAAGGCUGAGGCCCCUGAUACGAAGGCAAAGGCUGAGGCCCCUGAUACGAAGGCAAAGGCUGAGGCCCCUGAUACGAAGGCAAAGGCUGAGGCCCUUGAUUCGAAGGCAAAGGCUGAGGCCUCUGAUACGAAGGCAAAGAAAACAGAAGCGAAGAAGAUGAAGGAUGAGCAGAGGCGAAGAAGGAGGAACAGGAGAAGAAGUCUUUAAAAGAAGACACUCAUUGCUUGAGGCAAACUGAUUCCUAUUCCCUUGACUUAUCCUUGUAACAGUUUGCUACUGUUUCUAAUGUUAAGCCUUAUGAUGUUUGUCUAAGAUGCGUCUACAACUAUUGAAAAGUGGAGACUUUUCUCCCUUUGUUUUUUAAUAUGAUUUACGUACUUAGUUAUUUUAUUCAUUUAUUUAAAAUUAUUACUAACCAAUUGAUUCAUGGAUUUUGUAGAGCAGGAACAAUGGAGGAAGCCUCUGAGGUAAUAGAUACAAUGGUAGGACUCGGAUUGCAAUCAUGAUAUCAAGACUUGAACUCUUUUUGAUCAAAGGCCACUGUGAAGCUAAUGCAGUAGACGAAGCAUUGCUUUGUCUUGCUAAGACAGUGAAGAAAAAUGUUGAUGCUGAUGGUGAUCUGUUGGAUGUAUUAAUAAACGGUUUUCUCAAUCAGGGAAAAUUAGGAGCAUAUGAAAUUAUGAAUUGCUAAAAGAGAUGGUGGCUAAGACUCACGCCCUACCAUGGCAAGCAACAUAUAAGAAUCUGAUUCAAAUGUUGAUGGGGGAAAUGAAACUUGAAGAAGCACUGGAUCUACUUUGUGGAAUGAAGAAUAUCAAUUUUCCACCUUUUGUAGAACCUUUUUAUAAUUAUAUUUCCAAGCUAGGGACAGUAGAGGAUGCAAUGGAGUUUCUGCAGGCCAUUAGUAAGGGACAUCCAUCUAUCCCAGCAUACCACCACGGAUUUGAAUCAUUUUUUUAGGGUAGGCUCUCCGGGGCAAAAGAUCUUCUCUACAAGUGCCCGCAACAUAUUCGUAAACACCCUAAGGUUUGCAGCCUCUUUGGUUCGGCAAACAACUGCAACGGAAGUGUAUAACUACUCCUAGCUAUGCGUUAAAAGCUUAACACACACUGGAUGGCUAAGGCUCUUCAAGCAUGGUGGAAUAAAGUUUGUCAUAGCCUUAUUUUUGGCGCAUGGCACACCACAUCAAUAAUAUGUUGUUAUGGACCUAUAGACCUUAGUCAUAUCAGUCAAUGACAUAGGGAUCACAUGUCAUGCUAAUGAAUUCUAAACAUGGCAUAUAUCCAUUGACUUAGUCUAUCAAUGAUGUUGUAGACUGACUCUAGAUAUGAACUAUAUCCAUUUUCCUGCGUCCAUUAGUGCAAUAGUUUUUAAUUAUUUUUUCCGAGUUCUUUUUGCUAAUUACUUAUAAUGCAUAAUCUAUAUGCAUUACGUUGCAGGAGGUAACUUUAAGCUCUACUUCUUUUGCAUAUUUAGUUUUACAUUAACUGUAUUAGUUUACUAUUUUAUUACAAUAGAAAGAGAACUAGAGAGAUUACACCACUACAGUACUAAAGUACUAAAUAUCCCUCUCUAGAAAUAUCUCUGUAUUCCAGCAUUCCUUACGUUUGUAAUUGAGGCUCGAUAUCUCUUAUUCAAUAAAAUAAAUUUCUUCUUUCCUUAUUCUUAGUUUGUAUACACCAUCCACACCCAAUCAUACCCCAUCCGAAAGAUAGUGUUGGGCUUUCGGAAUCACGCGGAAAUAAACAUCAACACUAUGCGAACUCUGAAAGAAAAAUCCUUAAGUGGUCUGAUCUACUAGAGCUAUCUAAAACUUAUACAGCUAAGAAGUGAAAGGAAGAUCCAACAACGAUACCGGAGACCUCUCAAAUCACCUUGAAGCCAGCCAAUGGACCCGGGGGAAAACAUCAGAGGGGGUGUGGAUCCCAAGCGAUGGAACAAGGAGAUCAAGAUCUGGGAAACCUGACCCACAUGAUCCCGGAGGACGUAUGGACAAACCCUCGUGUCCGUGCGUUGUCUAGGACCUUGGAGAGACUGGAAACCGGAGCGAAGCCAGACGAGCUUUAGAAUCCACAGGAACAAAUCGAACCCCCUUUACACCAAUCAGGAAGAUGGAGUCAUUAGUUUCUUACACAGGGACGAACCAAACCCCCUGUCUAUCAAGAUUAUCAAGAUUAUAACUAGUUGUCAUUUCACUUCACCUUGAACUUUAAAAGCUUUGUGUGUAGUAAGCCCUACCUUACUGAUUGAGGACAGCUGCAUAGGAGGAGUUUCUCCUCCAACUUCUGUAUUUUCUGUUUCAGUACUUGUACCCUGACUUUCUUCCUCAUUUCUUCGGAAUUUUCCACAAGCAACAUCUGGAUUUUCUGUUUCAUAGCUUAUACCCUGAAUUUCUUCCUCAUCUUUUUCGGAAUUUUCCACAGGCAACAUCUGGAAAUGUUUCAGUUUUAAAAAAUGUUCUUUAUUCCACUUUUAACCGCAUUUAAAGCAAAGACCCAUCCUGCUCCUGUCUUGCAACUCACUUUGAGAUAGCCUUUGACCCCUUUCCAACUCUUACUUUGUCCCACUACUUCCUCUGUUUUAUUGGUAGCUACUGUUUUGUCUGUGCCUUGAGCAUUGCCCAAAUUAGCCCUCAACUUACUACCAUUUAUCCAAUGUGCUGCUUCUGUCAGUACAUUCGUUUAUCCUUCUAACCUCUCUUAUCCUCCUCUUUAUUUCUCCCAUCCUUCCCGGCUAGGUUCUUCUUCUCAAGUAAUAAAGGUUUGUCCAUCAAUUCUACUAAGUUACUGGAAUGAUACAACUUCAAUUCAGCACGAACUUCCUAUUUCAGCCCAUUUAGGAAAAAUGCCAUGUCUUUGUCAACAUGCCUUAAAGGGGCUACCACCAGUUCAAACGUCUCUCUAUAUUCCAUCACUGUACCCGUUUGUGUCACACUCAAAAUUGGCCCAAAAGGGUUUUGGACCAAGUCAGGCUGAAACCUCCUAAUCUAAACGGCCUUGAAUGAUUCCCAGUUUCUAUCAUCCAAUUGUUGCUCCCACCAUUGGAACCAAUUAAGAGGCUUAUCCUCCAUUGCAAUUACAAUCAUCUCCGCCUCCUCCUCAACAACCUGAUUGAGCUUGAACCUCGUCAUCUUCGUAAUCCAAAUGUAAGCCUCAUCUCUCCAUUGAACAAAGGUAGAUCAACCUUUCGACCAGUUCUCGCAUAUCCUCUAUUCAUCGCCUGCUAAUGCAAAUAGGAAGGCCAUGACCAGAUAACAAAAUACGCCCCCAGGGGUGAGGAAGGCGGUUUUCUGAGCGUCAUCUUCGUGCAUCAAGAUACAACGGUAUCCUCCGAAUGCAUCGAGAAAAGACAUCAACUCGCAGCCGAUCGUUUCGUCUACGAGCUGAUAAAUGUUAGGCAAGGGGAGCGGGUCCAUGGGAAACACCUUGUUCAAAUCGGUAUAAUCCACGCACAUUCUGAAUGCGGGGGAUUAGGUACUAGAACGGCGUUGGCCACCCACUCUGGAUACUUCACCUCCCUGAUAUGUUUUAUGGAGAGGAGAGUACUUACUUCUUUCUUGACGAAGUCCCUUCGAUCGACCAAGAGGUACAUCUUUUUCUGCGUAACUUGGGAGUAGGAGGGAUCAACCGAGAGUCUAUGAGUAAUCACCUCUCGGUUGAUACCAGGCAUGUCUUCAGGUCGCAGACGAAGAUGAUGGCAUACGCUCAAUGAUCUCCAUGUGUUGUUUCGCUGAUAGUGGCCUCCCAAUUUUUAAUUGAAGAUGUCCAGGAGUAUCUCUUGGAAUCUCGUCAAUUGGCUCAGCCCUCGGCCGAUCCUCUUCUUUGUGGGCGUCGGUCCGGAUAGUGUCCACCCUAAGUUUCAAGCGAGCCGUCUUCCUUGUGAUUUUGAGAUAGCAGUUGCGCACUAUCCUCUGGAUUCCCCGCGUGUACCCAAUCCUCUACGUGGUAGGGAAUUUAAUGCAUAGAUGUUUCAUGGAAAUGAUAGCCUCCAUGUCCCUCCAAGGCUGGUCGUCCCAGCAUCAAAU